GCUGAUGCGGGAGGGUUUGAAGCUGCGCCGCGAGGGAGCGAGGCCGCAGUGACAGCGGCGGGCGCUCGGACCCAGGCUGCCCGGCCGCGCGCCCGCGCCCCGCGCCCCGCGCCCCGGCAUGGCAGCCCCGGCGGGCCGGCGCAGCUCAGAGACCGAGCGACUCUUGACCCCCAACCCUGGGUAUGGGACCCAGGCAGGGACUUUGCCAGCCCCUUCGACCCCCCCAGAGGAGGAAGACCUCCGCCGCCGGCUCAAGUACUUUUUCAUGAGUCCCUGUGACAAGUUCCGGGCUAAGGGCCGCAAGCCUUGCAAGUUGAUGCUACAGGUGGUCAAGAUCCUGGUGGUCACUGUGCAGCUCAUCCUGUUCGGGCUCAGCAACCAGCUGGCGGUGACAUUCCGGGAGGAGAAUACCAUCGCCUUCCGGCACCUCUUCCUGUUGGGCUACUCAGACGGAGCGGAUGAAACCUUCGCAGCCUAUACGAGGGAGCAGCUCUACCAGGCCAUCUUCCACGCUGUGGACCAGUACCUGAUGCUGCCCGAGGUGUCGCUGGGCCGCUACGCCUAUGUUCAGGGUGGGGGUGGCCCUUGGGCCAACGGCUCAGCGCUGGCUCUCUGCCAGCGGUACUACCACCGUGGCCACGUGGACCCAGCCAACGACACCUUUGACAUUGACCCAAUGGUUGUCACUGACUGCAUCCAGGUGGAUCCCCCCGAGAGACCCCCUGUGCCCCCCAGUGACGAUCUCGCCCUCUCCGACGGCAGCUCCAGUUACAAGAACCUCACGCUCAAAUUCCACAAGCUGAUCAACGUCACCAUCCACUUCCAGCUGAAGACCAUCAACCUCCAGAGCCUCAUCAAUAAUGAGAUCCCUGACUGCUACACCUUCAGUGUCCUGAUCACAUUUGACAACAAGGCACACAGCGGGCGGAUUCCCAUCCGCCUGGACACCCAGGCCCACAUCCAGGAGUGUAAGCACCCCAGUGUCUCCAGACAUGGAGACAACAGCUUCCGACUCCUGUUUGACGUGGUGGUCAUCCUCACUUGCUCUCUGUCCUUCUUGCUGUGUGCUCGCUCGCUGCUCCGUGGCUUCCUGCUGCAGAACGAGUUCGUCGGGUUCAUGUGGCGGCAACGCGGACGGGUGAUCAGCCUGUGGGAGCGGCUAGAAUUUGUGAAUGGCUGGUACAUCUUGCUCGUCACCAGCGAUGUGCUCACCAUCUCAGGCACCAUCAUGAAGAUCGGUAUCGAGGCGAAGAACCUGGCGAGCUAUGACGUCUGCAGCAUCCUCCUGGGCACCUCCACGCUGCUCGUCUGGGUUGGCGUCAUCCGCUACCUGACCUUCUUCCACAAGUACAACAUCCUCAUUGCCACGUUGCGGGUGGCUCUGCCCAGCGUCAUGCGCUUCUGCUGCUGCGUGGCCGUCAUCUACCUGGGCUAUUGCUUCUGCGGCUGGAUCGUGUUGGGGCCCUACCACGUGAAGUUCCGCUCGCUGUCGAUGGUGUCUGAGUGCCUGUUUUCGCUCAUCAACGGGGACGACAUGUUCGUGACGUUUGCGGCGAUGCAGGCGCAGCAGGGCCGCAGCAGCCUGGUGUGGCUCUUCUCCCAGCUCUACCUCUACUCCUUCAUCAGCCUCUUCAUCUACAUGGUGCUCAGCCUCUUCAUUGCACUUAUCACGGGCGCCUACGACACCAUCAAGCACCCGGAUGGUGCUGGUGCAGAAAAGAGUGAGCUCCAAGCCUACAUCGCACAGUGCCAGGACAGCCCCACCUCUGGCAAGUUCCGCCGCGGGAGUGGCUCAGCCUGCAGCCUGCUCUGCUGCUGUGCAAGGGAUGCCUCGGAGGACCAUUCGCUGCUGGUGAAUUGACUCCACCAUGACUGCCCCUGGACUUUAUCCUGCACUGCGGGAACCCCUGCUUAUUUAUUUUUAGAAUUUGCUUUUAAGAAUUGGCUCUCUGUCGCGCCCUGUGAGGGCCUGGGUCAGUCAGGUCGGACACCGGGAAGGGGAGGGAAGAGGGUGAUGUUAAAUAAAUGGGAAA